AUGCAUGGAGCAGUACACAGAGCAGCAGUACAUGGAGCGUAGGCUUUCAAAACCCUGUAUUGUAGGCAGCACUGGGUGCAUAUGUUGCGCAUUUCCUACACCUUAGUUGUGUUUUCUUUUCUUUCUCACACUCGCAUACCUCUUUCCUUCUCUCUCCCCGCUUCCUCCUCCUUUCUUCCCCUUCCACUCUCGUACUCCCCCACCCCCACACACACACCCAACAUACACACCUCUCUCCUUUUCCUCCCCCCUCCCUCUCCCUCCCUCUCCCAGUUAAUGAGAGACCUUGGAGCCAGAGAGCUAAUGUUUACGUCUGACGGUCAGUACAGGAUCUCAGAGAGCCUCAGAAUGAAGCCACACAGAGACGUAGUACACACUCUCAACUACCAGAACGCACACGACAACCCUCUCCAGAGACUCAAGAGAGAAGCUCCCCACCAUCCACUAAUGGUGAUGGAGUUCUGGACAGGCUGGUUCGACCACUGGGGUGAGAAGCAUCUGGAGAGGAACAUAUCCCCCGAGGACUUCUCUCUUGAGCUGCGGGCCAUCCUGGCAGAGGGAGCCUCCGUCAACCUGUACAUGUUCCACGGAGGGACUAACUUUGGAUUCAUGAACGGAGGGAACUGGGGAGAAGGGGAGGAGAGAGGGAGGACGUAUCGCUCCACUGUCUCCAGCUAUGACUACGACGCCCCCCUCAGUGAGUGGGGCUCGGUGACUAAGAAAUACCUGGAGCUCCGUAACCUCCUGGUUGAGACUGUGCCAGAGUCUCUCUCCCUCAACCCUCUCCCUCCCCUCCCUCUCUCAGUCCCCACUGCCGACUAUGGAGAGAUUAAGAUGACGCUCUACAUAUCCCUGCUCAGUACUCUGCAGUAUGUUCCAGAGCCCCAUACAUCUGGUACCCCAAUCCCCAUGGAGUUUCUGCCUCUCAACAAAUGGAGUGGUCAGGGCUUUGGCUACAUUCUCUACAGAACCUUCGUCCCUUCCUCUGCCUCCUCUCUCACCAUACACGGCCUCAAGGACUAUGGACUUGUGAUGCUGGACUUGAAGCCAAUCAGAGAAGUUGGUUACUUUGAUAAGGUCACCAUCAGUCUCCCGUCCCCUUCCUCUCAGGGUCUCCCCUCGAGGCAGCUGGACAUCCUGGUAGAGAAUGGAGGGCGAGUCAACUUUGGUCAUCCUCUGGCUGUGAGGAAGGGCAUCUCUGGCUCUGUGGUGGUCGACGGCGUGACGCAAGCCAACUGGAAGAUCUACUCCUUCGAAUUCAAAAACUCAUUCAUUCAGAAUAUUGACAGAGGAGGGGUGUGGCUGAGAACUCCAGCCAAGGAGGACUCUGGUCCUGCCCUCUUCAAAGGCUCAUUCACCAUCGAUGGUACCCCCAAGGACACCUUCAUUGACAUGCAGGGUUGGAAUAAAGGAGUUGUGUUUGUGAACGGAGCUAACCUCGGUCGCUACUGGAUGAAAGGUCCUCCUGGAUCUCUGUAUGUCCCUGCUCCCCUCCUCUCUCAGGGAAUCAACAAAAAUCACGUGCAACAUUGCAGUAGUGCAGUGCCCGUGGAGUGCCCGUCACAUAUUAUAAAGAAUAUGGAAAAUUCCCCCAUUGAAACGACUAGGUAAUGGUAUUUGAAUUCUCCAAUCCAAAGAGCCCUCCCCAGACUGUCAGUUUCAGAAGCACUCCAGUCCUGGACAUAUCGCACAGACACAGAUAGUCUCCCAUAGUUAAUAGACAAUCACACACGGCAUUCAGGCUUUUCUUCCCCCUUUUAUCUUUACUCUGUGUGUUUUCACAUUUCCCUUCUGUUUAUGAACUGUCUUCUAACAUGUUAUGUGAGUUGAAGCU